AUGGCAGCAACUACCACGGAUCGACUCACGGAGGAACUCCAGGGCCAAACAAUACGGGUUCCCGAAUUGCGGCCCUUCUUUUCUCGGUGGCCCACUAAAAUAAGUCCUUAUUAUGAGCAGCUGAAGGGCAUCAUCGAAAGCAAGAUCGAGAAGUGGAUUCCUAACGAGCAUGUCAACACUAGAUGGUAUCCCCGGUCGUCACUCGGCCGUCUCGAGACCAUGUCUUGGUUUUCAUUGUGGGUCUUCCUCUGGGACGAUGUGAUCGAGGCAACUGGGACAAGCACCGACUCGACGCUAACCACCGACGUCGCAUGGCUCCACGACGAGGCUCUCUCAAGUACGUCGAGUUUCAGCUCGGGCCCAGCUCGGACCCAGCUCGUCGCUGGUGAAGCCCCCAUCCCCGACCGUCUCUUUCAAACCGCCGAGCUCAAGACGCUGUGAUUUGAGCUCAACCGCCACAUAUCCACGUAAGGCUGCAGGCUUUCUUUUCUGCUUCUUUCUAGUCCUGGGCAUCUAACGUCGCAAUUGUAGAAUGAACGACAUUUUCCUUCAAGAAGGAAAUCAUAAGUCUCUGAGCCAUGCCUGUUGCCAUUACUUACUCACUAGCUCCGCAGUGAAAGAGCCUCCAGAGCCUGAUACCGGUCAUUGUCAUGAGACGGUUGCAGACGUGGAUGCCGCC